AUACCACUACAGUCUACUACACCCCACCUUCGUCGGCGCCCAAUGUUCCGUCGACACGACCAUACUGAUAACCCCUCACCGAUCAAUUCUUCUAACCCUAAUUCCUCCGCCGCCGACGCUUCCGCCGUUUCACAUUCCGGUACCAUGUCCGACGACGACCACUUAGCUCCUCCCUUCUCCAAUAACAACUCUCCAUCUCCGUCGCAUUCACGGUCUCCGCCGCCGUGUAAAGACAACAAGCUACUAGCACUGCCUCCACCUCCGAUGCUUACGCCGGCGUCGGUGUCAGCUCGGACGCCGGUUUUUCCAGCUCGAGAAGAUUGCUGGUCAGAGGCAGCGACUCAUACGUUGAUAGAGGCAUGGGGUUCCAGGUAUGUGGAGCUUAACCGGGGAAAUCUUAGGCACCAGCACUGGGAGGAAGUCGCCGAUGCUGUCAACACACAGCACGGCCAUACCAAAAAGCAGUAUCGUACGGAUAUACAGUGUAAAAAUCGUAUUGACACCUUGAAGAAGAAGUAUAAGAUUGAGAGGGCUAAAGUAUCUCAAUCCCCGGGCCGUUAUAUCUCCACUUGGCCUUUCUUCAGCAGCCUCAACGUUCUCAUUGGUGUCACCGCUAAAGUUUCGCCACCGCCGGCGGCGGCAAUAUUACCUCCUCAACGGAGAAUGCCGCCUACGCAGGCAACGUCACCUCUUCAAUUUAGAGCGCCACCGCCGGAAACGUCACCUCUUCAAUGGAGAUCGCCACCCCCGGAAAUGCCACCUUUUCAAUGGAGAACGCCACCGGUACCUCCUCCGCCACUGUUGGGCAUUCCAGUUGGUCUCCGAUCGAAGCGCCCAGCUGCAGCCAUGGACUACACGGUGUCCCGGAGAAAUUUCUCGGCCAUGGCAGCAGCAGCAGCGGCUGCGUCUGAUGAUUCAUACGAAGAGAAGGAAGAAUCGGAGACGUCGAGUGUGGCAGCAUCAGCUAUGGCCAUUGCUUCUUGUAGAAGCAAGAGAAAGAAGAGUGGGGGUUUGGUAGAGGGUUAUAAGAUGCUAGCUGAGUCAAUAGGAAAGUUUUCGGAGAUAUAUGAAAGAGUAGAAAAGGCAAAACAGAGGCAAAUGAUUGAGUUGGAGAAGCAAAGAAUGCAAUUUGCAAAGGACUUGGAGAUACAGAGAAUGAAGCUGAUUAUGGAGUCACAAGUGCACCUUGAGAAGCUUAAACGCUCUAAACCGCAGUUCAGAAGAUGAUAAUUGCUUGUAGAUGGAGGGUGGUGGCAUGCUCUAGAAUCUUAGGCGGGGAUGUUUAUGCAAGCCAUAUACAUACAUAUAUAUUUUCUUUAGCGUCUUAAUUCUGCUACUUUGAAGAUGAAUUAGAGAUGUUAGUUCCACGCUUGGUCGUUGCUCAAGAACUUGUAUCUAGCUGCUUAAAAUCUGGAGUAAUUUUGUAACUUAUCUUUCUCUGUUACAUGUUUUUUGCACUCCAGCUAGGUGAAAAUGUAGACUUGAGACUUACUUUACCGUGCUCCUUGUUCUAUAUUAUUCUAAGCUUCAAGCUGUUGAUGAUGACUAUCUAUGCACUAAGUGGAUGCAUGAAGGUUUAAACUUUAGUACAUUGGAUUGUGACCAU